AUGGCAGGAAAGAAAGCAAUCGCUGUCGUCGCCGGCGUCGGCCCCGGAACUGGCUCUUCAAUUGCCCGUAAAUUCGGCCAACACUACCCCGUCAUCGUCCUCGCCCGCAAUCCCGCAAACUACAACGAAGUCGUCGAGACCAUCAACUCCUCUGGCGGCCACGCAAUCGGGCUCAGCACCGACGUCUCCGACGCCACCGCUGUAUCAAACGCAUUCACAAAGAUAACCACAGAACUGUUUCCCGGCAGUCCCAUUGCAGCUGCCAUUUUCAAUUCUGGAGGCGGGUUUGUGCGCAAGCCGUUCCUGGAGUUGACGACGGAAGAGUUUGAGAAGGGUUGGGAGGGGCAGGUUAAAGCUGCGUUCUUGUUCUCGCAGGCUGUGUUGCCGUUACUACUCCAGGGUGUGGAAGAGAAGAGUGAAUUUCCGCCGAGUUUGAUAUUCACCGGUACCUUCCCCCCGCCCCCUUUAAAUCCCCAGCUAGGUGCAACGGGAAGCGUCCGCGGCUCGGCAAACUUCAGCGUCUUCGCAAGCGCAAAAUUCGGUCUUAGGGCCCUCUCUCAGUCUCUAGCACGAGAAUUCGGUCCCAAGGGAGUCCAUGUUGCGCAUGUCAUUGUUGAUGGCGUAAUUGAUAUUCCCCGUACGAAGGGAUAUGUCUUUGAGCAUGAGGAUGCGAAGCUCAGUCCUGAUGCUAUUGCCGAUUCGUAUUGGUUCUUGCAUACGCAGCCGCGAACGACGUUUGCGUAUGAGUUGGACUUGAGGCCGUAUGUUGAGAAGUGGUAA